ACGAUUGACACAUCUGCUGAAACCAAUCUUCUGGUCAAGACAAAACCUAGGUAUGCAAAUGCCACUGCUUUAUAUUUCAGACACUGUGUUGACUUUUAUAUAGCACUCAAGCAGUUUUCGUGAAUGACCCACCAGCGACCUCUUCGAUGAAUGUAGACGAUAGUUCACACAUAAGCCCAGAGUAGGAAAAUGCUUGCCCAUGAUUGUAGCACAUAUGCUGACGUGAUGAACAGGUCAAGUCAUCCGACCAAUGGAUCCAAAACAAGAGGCCACAAGGAUGGGAAAUUGAAUACCGCCAAGCAAACCCACCAAAUCUUCUUGAAUGCUGCAAUCCGACCUGUUGAGCUAAUUAGGAAACCCCAUAUGGCCGAGCCAAACAGGCCAGUUGGGGCAUCGGAGAUGAUGGGGGAUCACACCACAAAGGCCGCCCAUCAUCAGCGAGAGACCUUGAGAAGAGCCCAAGAGUCUGAUAAGAUAGACACAGUUGAAGAUCUGAGUGACUAUUCACCGCCGCCGUCUCCUCCAAGACCUAUUCAUCAAGGUGGCGGCCAGUAUGCGCCUGGACAACUCCGAAACAGGCUUUUGGUCUUUAAGGCACUUGUGAGUUUUGACAGCCAGUCAGCCAGGAGAAGAUUCUUUCUGAGGUUGAAAUAGUUCACAGAUGGGUGUGCAUCGACUUUCAAGUAUCCGCCAUGGGUUUCUGGGCUGUUCAAGACGACAUGAUAGGUAAUGGUUGUAGGGUGGAGAAUGUACAUAGUAGAUAUCCGUAUUGUUGCAAGGUUCUGUCAAAGAGUACCCAGAACAAACUCUCUUUCAUAUAGAAAGAAGUGUGGAGUGAGAUUCAUAAAUCACAAAGCCGAUUUUAUGUUGAGUUGUGCAUAGUCUUGGAUUCACACAGAUGCGCAGUAAUACGUGCUAAAGCAGG